AUGUCUUCACGCAAUGAAACGACCAACAUUCCAUCAGAACAGCUAGAGCCGCAACUGAACUUUCGUUCUUUUGUAGAUGCUCUGAAGGCCGACAACGACCUGGUUGAAAUUGAUGACGAAGUCGAUCCUCACCUGGAGGUUGGCGCAAUUAUCCGCAAAGUGUGCGAGACCAAUGAGAAGGCACCACUGUUCAAUAAUGUCAAGGGCGCAAAGAAUGGCCUGUGGAGGAUUCUCGGAGCGCCAGCUUCCUUGAGGAACGACCCAGAACAGACAUAUGGUCGAAUUGCUAGGCAUCUCGGACUUCCCCCUACCGCCAGUAUGAAGGAAAUUCUGGAGCUUAUGGUCUCACCCGCUCGCGCAGCGCCAAUCGAACCGCGAAUUGUCGCAACUGGUCCUUGUAAAGAAAACAUCCUGGAUGACGGCGAGUUCGACUUCAUGAAGCUACCUGCUCCUAUGCUCCACCAGUCGGAUGGCGGGCGAUAUAUCCAGACCUACGGCAUGCACAUUGUGCAAACACCGGACGGCAAGUGGACUAACUGGUCGAUUGCCCGCGCUAUGGUGGAUGAUAAGAACCAUCUUGUUGGCCUGGUCAUCAAGCCACAGCAUAUUUGGCAGAUUCAUCAGAUGUGGAAAAAGAUUGGCAAAGACGUUCCUUGGGCCCUUUGCUUUGGUGUACCCCCAGCCGCCAUCAUGGCAUCGAGUAUGCCCAUCCCCGACGGUGUUUCGGAAGCUUCCUAUGUGGGUGCUAUGACAGGAAAGGCUUUAGACGUUGUCAAAUGCGAAACAAACAACCUUCUCGUACCGGCAAACGCGGAGAUAGUGCUUGAAGGCACUCUUUCCAUCACCGAAACCGCUCCCGAGGGGCCUUUCGGCGAGAUGCACGGAUAUGUCUUCAAGGGAGACACUCACGAGUGGCCGCGUUACAAAGUUAACAAAAUUACCCACCGGAAUGAUGCUAUCUUACCAGUUUCCAAUUGCGGCCGUAUCACCGACGAGACGCACACCCUGAUCGGAUCUCUAGCCGCUGCCCAAAUUUGCGAGCUUUGCCAGCGCGCGGGACUCCCAGUCAAAGAGGCCUUUGCUCCAUUCGAGACUCAGGUCACCUGGAUCGCGAUGAAGAUCGACACUGAGAAAUUGCGUGAUAUGAAAACAACACCAGAAGUGUUCCGAAAGCAAAUUGGUGACUUGGUUUUCAGCGAAAAGGCUGGCUAUACCAUCCAUCGCCUAGUACUCGUAGGAGAAGAUAUCGACAUCUACAACUUCAAGGAUGUACUGUUCGCGUUCUCUACGCGGUGCAGGCCCGGCACGGACGAAACUUUCUACCAAGAGUGCAUGGGAUUCCCCCUAAUCCCAUACAUGUCUCACGGAACAGCAUCCCCAAAUACUGGUGGAAAAGUGGUAUCAGACGCUCUGUUGCCCGUGGAAUACAUUACCGGUCAAGACUGGGAACUCGCUGACUUUGCGAACUCGUAUCCUCAAGAGCUACGUGACAAAGUAAACAAUCGUUGGCAGCAAAUGGGUUUUGGGGUGUGA